AUGAGCUCCACAGAGGCAGCAGCAACGGGUCUACCCAACUUCAAAGACUUCCCCUCGUAUAUUCCUGUUCAUGCAGAUAUCAAAGUCAACACAGAUUCAGGCAGCUUGCUUCUUCUACGAGAGUUAGACGAGAAGCUACAGAAGAUCAAGGACGACGCCGAGUCGUUAAUCGAAUAUGCUAGUGAACGCUCGCAUCUAGUUCAAAAUGAUAAAUUUCAGAUAUACUGCUCCAACACUUUAAAGUCGUAUGAGCAGAUUUACUCUGCCAAAGUGAAACUACAGGCGCUUCAACUGGCGAUGAAGAAUACACACAGGGAACUUGUAGAGGGCAGAAGAAGCACGUUGACGUUGACACUAUCAAAUUAUGAUUCAUGCAAAGAGCUAAUGAAGAGAAAUUUCGCCGACAGUUUCUCAGAGAACCUCGACGAGCUACUUCUAGAGAAGCUGGGUGCUCAUUUAGAAGGACUUCUCCAUAGAGACCCAGCAUUCUCAUACAUCAAAAACGCACUUUUUGUGCUUCAAAAUCCAGAGGAUCCUUUACAGGAUGAGCAAGUGGACGAAGAGUUGGCUGUGGAGGGCGGUAAAAUCUCCUUGAAGGAUCCACUCUCGCUCAACUAUUACUCAGACCCCGUGGUUUCGAAAAAAUGCAUGCAUGUUUUUGAAAGAGAGCACAUAGUUCGUCAAAUACGAGCAACGAGGGAAAAGUACGCAUGUCCUGUGACAGGCUGUAACGCAUACCUCACAGAAAGUGACUUGAGCCCAGAUAAGCUAAUGAAGUUACGAGUGAAGGUGUACAUGGGAAGGGCCAACAAAAGAGAGCACGAGUCCGUGGUAAGAAUCUGA